GCACUUGCACUUUGUAAACAGCUGACUGAGUUUUGACAGUAGUCAGUCAGUGUUUUAAGAUAUAAAAAAUAAAUUCAACAAAAAGUGAGAAGUGAAUGUGUUUUUGUGCAUCGUCAAAGUUUACAACAUUGUUUCGUACAUUAUGUGAUCUCACUUUUUAUAAGAAAGCGGAAAUAAUAAAAGAUUGCUAGUACUUGAGUUCUUCAAUUUACACCCCAAAAAAAAGAGAAAAACAAUAAACUCAACAUGAAGGCUUUCAUCGAAUUUGAUGAAUGUUUGCGAGAUACACCAAAAUUCCGAAUAUGCAUUGAAGAUAUGGAAAGCAAUAUAGAUCAACUGGAGCAAAAACUAGAUAAGGUUAUAAAAAACUGCAGUUCUAUGAUUGAUGCUGGAAAACAUUUUAUAGGACAACAAAGUCAAUUUGCAAAUAGUCUUUGGGAGUUAUCUCUCUAUUUCAGCGAUGAUGCAGAGAUAAUGGCAUUUUUAAACAAAUUGAUUCACGCCCUACAAGAAAUGAACAAAUUCCAAACAAUUCUUUUGGAUCAAGCGUCGAGAACUGUGAUAAAAGAUCUGAACUCAUUCGUAAAAAGUGAUAUUAAAAAAGUCAAGGAAUCUCGACAUUAUUUUGAUAAAAUAUCUGGUGAUUUGGAUAUAGCGCUAAAUCGAAAUUCUCAAGUGCAAAAAUCACGACCCGCUGAAUAUGAGGAGACAUCGAAUAUUUUGUCAGCAACUCGAUCGUGUUUUCGUCACACAGCUUUGGAUUAUGUUCAUGCUUUAACAAUGCUUCAAGCCCGCAGAAGACAUGAGAUACUUGGAACAUUAUUGAGUUAUAUGCACGCGUGUAUUACUUUCUAUCAUCAGGGGAGUGAUUUGGCUCAGGAUUUGGAUCCAUUUCUCAAGACACUCAGCGAUGAUUUAAGUCGAAUGAGAGGCGACUCAACGAAAUUGGAGAAGGAAAUGGAAAAUCGACAUAUUUACGUGACCAAUCGCGAUUUUAUUCCAUCGGAAAGUGUUGGAAAUAAUAAAAUGGAAGGUUAUUUAUUUAAGAGAACGAGCAAUGCAUUUAAAACGUGGAAUAGAAGAUGGUUCUGUUUGAAGGAUCAUCAACUUGUUUAUCGUAAGCGAAGUGGUGACAAGGAUUUUACAAUUAUGGAAGAGGAUCUUCGUUUAUGCACUGUUAAACCUGCUGUUGAUUUCGAUAGAAGAAAUUGUUUUGAAGUUCUUAGUCCUACAAAGAGUCACAUGUUGCAAGCAGACAGUGAAGAAAUGUACUUAGCAUGGAUAACGGCAAUGCAGCAAGCUAUCGGCGCUGCAAUUCAAAGGGGAACGGGGACAGUUUCAAAUUUCAAUACUCUUUAUGUUCCGACACACGAUAGUAAAGGGCCAAUACGACCUCCUCCCAAACCGAAAACUAGGGUAUGGGAACAACUGCUAAAAAUACCAGGAAACAAUAGUUGUUGCGAUUGCGGAGGCGAUAAUCCAACAUGGGCGAGUAUUAAUUUGGGCAUCACUCUUUGCAUUGCUUGCUCAGGCGCUCACAGAAGUCUUGGAGUUCAUUACAGUAAAGUAAGAUCAUUGACACUCGACGAUUGGGAGCCGGAAAUUUUAAAAGUCAUGGCCGAGCUAGGAAACACAGUAGUGAAUAAUAUUUACGAAGCUCUACCAAUACCACCGGAUAUUAUAAAGGCAACGCCAAAAUGCAAUGCAACAUUUCGCGAGGCUUGGAUAAAAUCCAAGUACAUAGACAAAAAAUUUGUAAAAUCACUCACCACGUUAACAACGGGACAACACGCAAGUCGAGAAUCAAUGCAUUUUCGCAUGUGGAGCGUUAGAAAAUUACGAAGAAGACCACGAAGCAGAGACAAAAUGGAUUUAACAAGUAAAAAUAAAAUUCCCACAUUAAAAUCAGUGAAAGAAUCAUCGCAAUCUGUCAGUUCCGAGGAAACAAAUUCAACCGAGAGUCUAUGCUCAUCAUCGGAAAAAUCGAAAAAAAUCGAGAGAGACUCUGUUAGUUCAGACGACAGUGUCAAUGUUGUAUUAAAAAAUGAAUCAACUUUGUAUAAAAUUCUUCCAGAAGAUUAUUUAAAGAUUGUUCGAGAAGCCGAAUUGAUGAGUUUGGGAAUUAAUGAUAACAAUUGUAAGGAAAAUAAUAGUUCAGAUAGUAAUUCAUCAUUGAAAAGUGUUGAUUUCUCCAGUAGUGCUGCUAUUUCAAAUGACAUUUGCGAUCGUUCCGAAAGCAAGGAUAUCGAUACGGAAAAGUGUAAAAAUAAAAUAAAGGAUUCCGAUAUUCUUCUAUUUGGCUGUGAUUUGCCCAAAUCAAUGUUAGAAUCGAGUUUGGAAUUAAGUUCCGAUCAGGAUUCAACGGCUGGCGAAGAAGAGGAAUUUGCCGAUGAGGAAGAUAUUGAAAAUUUACAUCCCGAUAUGUUGCUUUAUAAAGCUGCUGUGGCGCAUAAUCUUCCUGUUAUGUGCGCCGCAUUGGCCGUUGGUGCUGACAAAUUGUGGAACAAUGUCAAUGAUAGAGGACGAAGUCCAUUGCAUCAGGCGAUAAUUAGUGGUUCCGUAAUGUCAUGUGAAUACCUACUUCUUAAUGGUGCUCGAAUAAAUUGUCAGGACGCAGAAGGAAAAACUCCAUUGCACUUGGCUACAGAAUUGGGUCACACAGCCCAAGUAUGUUUAUUGUUGAAACAUCAUGCUGAUCAACAUAUUGAAGACGAAACCGGUGUUAAACCACUUUCAAUCGCAGUGAAAGAGGCAAAUGCGGAUAUAGUCACUUUACUACGACUUGGAUUAUUAAACGAGGAAAUGAAAGAUUCCGAAAUUGGAGUUUCGGGCGAUGAAACAUUCAAUGACGUGGUUCGCGAUUUUAGUCAUUUGGCCUGCUCACAUCCCGAGAGGUUGCAAAGAAGAAAUGACUACAAUAAUUCAAAUGCUCCAGAAUGAUUUUCAAUCAACUGGCCACGAAAGGUCUUUGAAUUUCUAAUAGAUUCGCGUUCAAAGGAUUAAAAUGCCUGAUUAAAGAGGAUGCAAAACAAUGAUCCAGUUGGAAGUCUACGAUCUCCGAUUAAAAGAACUAAAAAAGUUUUAUCAAAAAAAAAAGGUAAAUUUUCAUCAAUCUCACACUUUUAUUCGUACCUGAAUAAUAAUAUUUAAAAAAAACGAAAGAAUAGUAUUUAAAAAAAAACGAAAGAAUAAAGCAUAAAUAAUUCGACAAGAAAGAUCAAACCUCAAUGAAUUCGUUAAUUCAUUAUUGAUAUCGAUCUAAAGAAAAAAAGCUUUUAUAUAAUAAAUUAUACGUUUUGAAAUAAUGAAAAAAAAACUUUUGAAAUAAUGAACUUUCAAAAAUAGGAAUAUAAGAGCUAAUUUAAUUUUGACAAAUUUUAUUUAUGUCUAAGUACAUAAUUUGAUUUUAUUAUCGCAUUCCAAAGCGUUAAUAAAACUCUUUAUUGAGUGUUUAUUUAGCAUUCGUAAAAAAUUGUGCUUCAUACUUAUUUAAUGAAAGAUGGAACAUUUUUAAACCAUCCGAUUUUUACAUAUACUUAAUUAUAUAUUUAUACAAAUAAACUUUUUUUUUUUAAAUUAUUUUUAAAAGCAGAUUCUUAAGCGAAAGUCCUUAAAUCACAGAGGAAAACGGUGAUUUUUGCCAUUAUUUUAACUUUAAUCUUAAAAAAUAUUUUUAACUUGACUCUGAAAAUCAGAAAAAAGAAGUAAUAGAGCUUAAAAAAGGAGUAA